AUGAACAUCCCCACUAGAAAUCAGCCAACGAACCUGCCGGAGGAGAUCAUGAAGGUGAACCCAGGCGAGUACGCCGCGCUGAUUCACCAGAACUACUACGAGCGAGUGGAGAAGAUGAAGUCACAUGUGGUUGCGCCUCUUGGCCUGUACAGCAUCCUUCUGCAGGAGCACUUCGCGGCCGCGCUCACCUCGGCGGACGGGAUGGAGCUCCAAAAGGUCCUCGAAGCAGAGGCUCCUCAGGACAAGAGCAGGCUGCUCGCGGCGUUUGUAUUGUUCGUACUGCUUGCCCUGGAGCUCGUCAAGAAGGAGCUGGAGCUCUCCAAGAUUCAGCAGAAGAUCGCAUCCCAGAUUGAGGAGAAGAUGAACAAGCAUCAGCGGGAGUUUAUGCUACGAGAGCAGCUGAAGUCCAUCAAGAAGGAGCUUGGCAUUGACAAGGAUGACGGAUCAGAUGCCCUCCUGCAGAAGUUCAAGGCGCGCCUCGAGGGAAAGGCGGUGCCGAAGGAAGCGAAGGAUGCCAUCGACCAGGAGCUGGAGAAGUUCGCCAACUUGGCCAAGGAAUCGCAGGAGUACCAAAUGACUCGCAACUACCUGGAGUGGCUGAGCAACAUGCCUUGGGGUGUCUACAGCAAGGACACCUUUGACCUGAAGAAGGCCAGGGAGAUCUUGGACCGAGACCACUAUGGCCUGGCGGACAUCAAGGAUCGAAUCCGAGAGUUCAUUGCCGUCGGCGUGCUGCGUGGGUCGAUGCAAGGCAAAAUCCUUUGCUUUGUGGGCCCCCCUGGUGUCGGCAAGACUUCGAUUGGAAAGUCCAUUGCCGAGGCGCUGGGCCGCGAGUUCUACCGCUUCUCAGUGGGCGGCCUCUACGAUGUGGCGGAAAUCAAGGGCCACCGGAGAACCUAUGUGGGGGCCAUGCCGGGGAAGGUGAUCCAAUGCCUGAAGAAGACGCAGACAGCCAACCCCCUGAUCCUGAUCGACGAGGUGGACAAGAUCGGCCGCGGCCACCAGGGCGAUCCCUCGAGUGCACUGCUGGAGUUACUGGACCCGUCGCAGAACAACUCCUUCGUGGACCACUACCUGGACGUGCCUGUUGAUUGCAGCAACAUCCUCUUCGUGUGUACGGCCAACGUGCUGGAUACGAUCCCUGGGCCACUUCUGGAUCGCAUGGAGGUGAUCCGGCUCACAGGCUUGAGGAGUGCAGGGAGGUUCGGGACGUGUGGGUCGGUGCCGGCCGGGGGCGUGGAGGGACAGCGGGCCGUGGUCGGGUUGUCUUCAGGAGUUGUGCUGCCGGAGUUGGAUCGUUUUGUUGACGGCUUCUACAAUGGUCGGCAGCUGACAUGCCAGAUAGGUGUUGCGAGGCCGAAGUUGAGAUGGGUUCGACACCUUUCAUCUGCGUUGUCGCUUUUGCAGCAGACUGAGACAGUCACUGAGACUGCUUUUUAG